CCCUAAAAAAUCCAACAUGGUAUCAGAGCUGAAUUCUUGAGGGACCUGUGAGAGUUUGUUUUUUGAGGGAACACCAGAAAAAACCGCACCUUUCUCAUUGUUUUUAGACAGUUCUUCAUGUGAAACCCCUCUUGCUUGGCCAAAGUCUUGCAGUAACAAAGGCUGUGAAGAUGGAGGCAUAUGUUAGUCCCACCAUGGGAGAUGUCAAGGAGAGGAAAGCUGGAUUCAAAGAGAAGGUGUUCAUGUUUGUUUCCAAAGUCAGUCCAAAGGGCAAGUCAUGGUUGUUGGAAUGGGAAACUGAGCACAAAAAACUCAGUUCCAUGAAGUUUGAUGGAGGAGCAGCCAAGACCAAGCACAAAAUCACAACUCCAGAAGAAUUUGUUCAACAACAAAUAACUAACGAAGAUGAAGCUGAUUUGCAAGAGGAGCUAAAAUAUUUGAGAUGCUUUAAUGCCAAGGAGGAGUUUGUUGGAGCCAUGGCAUGAAAGCUGAAAAUGCAAUGAAAUGAGAUAUGCUAAAUGAUGCUGCAAUAUGACUGCACAGUAGCAGCAAAUGACAGCAGCAUGCAGCUUCACAUGGGCUACAAGAAAUGGCAGAACACUUCAUCAUUUUAGUCAAUGUUUUAGGUAGUUAAUAAUUAUAGUUUAGGUAG